GAAGAUGCAAUUCAUUUGACGUCAUGGACCCGAGUUGUCCAAUGGACAAGGACAAUGCUGAGUCAUCUCAUUUGCAUACCGUCCCUAUAAAUAGGGGGGGCUCAGCUCCUGCGUCUUCGUCGCUGCUGCGGUAGCCAGGUAUUGACAGACCUGUAAAAUGCCGGAACCAGCUAAGUCCGCUCCCGCUCCCAAGAAAGGCUCCAAGAAAGCUGUCACCAAGACUCAAAAGAAAGGUGACAAGAAACGUAGAAAGACUAGGAAAGAGAGCUACUCGAUCUACGUGUACAAGGUGCUGAAGCAGGUGCACCCCGACACGGGCAUCUCGUCCAAGGCCAUGGGCAUCAUGAACUCCUUCGUCAACGACAUCUUCGAGCGCAUCGCCGGCGAGGCGUCGCGCCUGGCGCACUACAACAAGCGCUCCACCAUCACGUCGCGGGAGAUCCAGACGGCCGUGCGGCUGCUGCUGCCCGGCGAGCUGGCCAAGCACGCCGUGUCUGAGGGCACCAAGGCUGUCACCAAGUACACCAGCUCCAAGUAGGGCGUCUCGGACCGUCACCUUCAACCCAAAGGCUCUUUUAAGAGCCACCCAUAUAAUCAGUAAAGGAGCUAAUCACA